CAGAAAAUGAAAAAUAAAUUCCAUUGAAAUUUCUCUUCUCCAUUUCCAGUGGAAGCAAGGGUUAAUCGAACUCAAAAACUACAACAGAUUCUGGGAACUGCAUCAACUGCUCUUCACUUCAUCAAUACUGUACUCAGCUGAAACAAGCAAGGGUUCUCAAUCAUCUGAAAAUGGAUAAAUUUGAUAAGCUGAAACUGGCCUCAUCGUCUCUGGGUGAGAGAUUGAAAACCGGCGGCGCCCAAAUGAGUCGGAUGUUAAGCACGAAAGUGAAGGAAAUGCUGCAAGCGCCGACGCCGGAGUCGAAGAUGGUGGAAGAAGCGACGUUAGAGACGAUGGAGGAGCCCAACUGGGGGCUAAAUCUCCGGAUUUGCGCGAUGAUCAGCAGCGAGGAGUUUAACGGGACCGAGGUGGUGAAGGCCAUCAAGAGGAAGUUGCAGCAGCAGGGGAAGAGCGUGGUGACUCAGAGGCUGAGCCUCGAUUUGCUGGAGACCUGCACCUCCAAUUGCGACAAGGUCUUCUCCGAGGUGGCUUCUGAGAAGGUUCUGGAAGAUAUGAUGCGGAUGAUUGAUGAUCCGAAGACCGACCAUGGGAAUCGGGUGCGAGCUAUGCAGUUGAUUAGGGCUUGGGGCGAGUCUGAAGACCUCAAGUACCUCCCCGUUUUCCGUCAAACUUAUAUGAACUUGAAGACAAGGAUACCUCUAGAAGUGCAGGAUGGGAAUGCUUCUCCCAUGCAGUACCCCUUGGAGUCAUACGUCAAUCAACCGCCAAUAUCACCACCGGGGAAUUACCCUUUUCCUGAAGCAGGGUUGCAGAACCAAGAGCAUGUAAGUUCGAUUGAUUAUGGUGGUGGGUCUGUUGAAGAAAAGAGAGAAUUUCUCGUAAUAGCACGCAACAAUCUGGAUAUUUUUUCCAGCAUACUGAACUCUGAAGUUGAACCAAAACCCAUCAAGGACGAUUUGGCAGUAAGCAUGUUGGAGAAUUGCAAGCAGUCUCUUGCAGUUAUUAGAAGGAUCAUAGAAAGCACCUCUGAUGAUGAAGGGAUGCUGUUUGAAGCUCUGAACCUACACGAUGAAAUUCAGAAAGUCAUUUCCAAAUACACAGAAAUGGAAGCAGCCCUGGAUUCAGGAGGCGAACUGCCUAAAACGGGUGAUGUUGAAAGUGAAGCGACUAAGGAUGCCUCGGAUUCCGGUGGUGAUGUUGGAAGGAAAGUGUCUAGUGAUGGUGAUGUCAAAGAACCCCAUAUACAGUUGCCAGUCCAAGCUACAAGCACAGCCGAUGGAGUAUAUUCCUCAGAAGAAACGAGGUUUGGCCAUGAAGCUGAUAAGCCAGAUUUCCCAGGGAAUAAUAAGGUUUAAUGGGGCUAAUUGCACUCUGAUCCGGUUGUCUAAUAGUUAGUUGUAGACUUGUAGGUGCUAGCUUUAGACAAACUAAAAUAAGAUUGAACAGUCUGCAUUAAGUAGUUGUCAAAUAAUCAUCACAAUGCCCUUUAGUGGAACUACUAGUAGUGUAAAAUCUUCUUUUCCAUAUCAUGAGUCUUAUGGAGUUUGGACUCCCAUAUAUAUUUAUUUUUGUAAUAAAUCAAGCGGAUUUCCAUAGUUCUCUCA